AUGGAACGGGCAAGGAAAUGGGUUACUGGUGUCUGCCGUAGCUAUGCUGACAUGCCGCGUCCCGAAGAUGGCGAACCGCAAACCAUCCAUCCGAACAAAGAGCAGCUGAGCAGGCGCCCCAUCAACACGAGGAAAGCUCACAUGAAGGUUGCUGCUCCUCAGGACAACGUGAUCAUCGUCCCACAUGUUCAGAUCUCUCCCAAUGAGUCGCACUUGUUCAAUAGAGCCAUUAGUUCUGGUGGUGGACUCCUUGCA